UCCCAAGGCGGGGAGUACCCCGUGGUGGUCCUGCCCCUGCACCGCAACUUUGGGGCCGCCCUGCUCAGCCGCAUGCUGCUCUACACCGCCAUCACGCGCGCCCGCCGCCUGCUGCUGGUCGUCGGCAGCGCAGAGGCCCUCUCGCAGGCGGUGGCCCGCGGCCAGGGCGGCCGGCGGCAGACGGGUCUCGCGCAGCGCAUGGCGCGCGCGGCGGCGCAGGAGGGGCUGCCCAGCGCGGAGGCGCGCGUCUUCAGGGACGAGGGCUGGGAGGCGGGCGGGGGUGCGCCCGGGGCCGCGGCGGCGCGCGGCGGCGGCGGUAGCGGUGCGGCCUGGGGCGCCGUUGACGGUCUGGACGAGCUGGCGCGGUGA